AGGGCGGUGGCCGGCGCGCGCCGCGGCAGUGACCGGGCGCAGUCGCGGCGCAUGCGUGUGGCGCUGGCGGCCGCGCGGAGCUGCGCGACACUGUCGGGGGAAUGAAAACCGCAGGAAACCUGUCAAGUACUGAAUAUCUAAAGUCGUGAGACGUCACCAGAGAACGCUGCACAAUGUCAACUGCAGGAGUUGCUGCUCAGGAGAUGAGAGUCCCAUUAAAAACCGGAUUUCUUCACACUAGUCAAGGCAUGGGGAGUUUGAAAACCUGCUGGGGUAGCCACAGUGGAUUUGAAAAUACUUUCUUUAAUGUGGACCCUAUAGCAGUGGCAUAUAAUUUAGGUCCAUCGACAGAGCAGCAUUUGCCAUCCAUUGGGCACUCUUCCAACCAGGCUUCCAUGAAUGACCACAUUGCUGAAAGUUGCAUCCAAGUCCCAUCUCAGAAAUCCAGUCCACUUCUUGUAAGUCCCAAAAGUGAACCGACAGUUUCAAGAUAUGAAGACCAUCUCGUUCCUGGCUUUAGUAAACUGUCAUUAACCAUGAGCUGUGUUUCUGAAGAAACACCUCCUCACAUGGCAGUAAAAAAUGGACCAAUUCAAUUUCUGUCUGCAUCUUCCAAUGAUCGGAGCUCCAGGCCUCUGCCCCCUCUACCUAUUUCUGAAGACUUUACUUCAGAUGAGGUUGACAAAGAAGUGGAAUUCCUGACUAGCUCAGAUACUGACUUUUUGUUAGAAGAUUAUGAACUUCCUCCCUUUAAAGCCAGUGCUCCAAGUCGGCGGAGCUUUAGGGGCUGUGGACAGAUCAACUAUGCAUACUUUGAUACUCCAACAGGACCAAAACCAGAAGAUUCCAACCCUACACAAAGCCUAAAUGUAUACAUAUCCAGUAUUUACCCUCCUCCACAGCAGCUGCAUCGACGCUUGCGAAGGUCCCAUUCUGGGCCAGCUGGAUCUCUUAAUAAACCAAUAGUAAGACUAUCUGGACACUUAAACAGGUCUUCUCCAACCUCUGAUGAAGAUAAACCAGAGAUUCCACCAAGGGUUCCCAUACCUCCAAGGGCACUCAAACCAGACUACAGAAGGUGGUCAGCAGAAGUUGCUUCUAGCGCGUACAGCGAUGAAGACAGGCCUCCAAAAGUACCCCCAAGAGAACCUCUGUCACACAGCAAUUCCCGUACCCCGAGUCCCAAAAGCCUCCCAUCAUACCUCAAUGGGGUUAUGCCCCCCACCCAGAGUUUUGCACCUGAUCCUAAGUAUGUCAGCAGCAAAGCUCUACAAAGACAAAAUAGUGAAGGAUCUUCAAACAGGGUCCCUUGCAUUCUUCCAAUUAUUGAAAAUGGUAAGAAGGCCAGUUCAACACACUACUAUCUGCUACCUGAAAGGCCUCCAUAUUUGGACAAGUAUGAGAAAUUCUUCAGAGAAGCAGAAGAAAGGAGCUCUAACACUGAGGUUCAGUCCUGGUCUGGUGACUGCACAGCCACCUCAGCUCCGACAAAACUGGACUCAAAACCCAGAAUGGACAUAGGUGGUCACCUGAAACGAAAACACCUGUCUUAUGUGGUUUCCCCGUAGUUUCUGGGAGCACAGUCAGUCCCAGCUCAGUUGUUCAGGAUGGAGCUGAACUUUAUCAUGUUACAGAGUUCUUAUGGUUCUCAGAUAAUGAAGUAGGAGCAGUUUGACCUCUGAGAACUGGAAAGUGGAUCGUAAAGUCCUCUUAUGCUGCAUAUAUUCGAUACGUUUCUUAAGACUCUUUUUGUUUGUCUAGGUAUGUAAGCUGAAAACCUACAAAGUUCCCAUACAAAGAAACAUGGAGGGAUAGUAGUCACAGCUGGCCAGUUGUAUGCUACCUAGAUGAACGUAUUUGGUAGUCACAUUAUCAAAAAAAAAAAUUAAAAUCGAGCUUUGCUGAUGAGUCACUUAUAAAGCAGGCAACAGACCAAGUAAUGCAGUACAGUUUUUGUAUUGGGUAUUUUCCAAAAUUUCUUUUAUACAGUAACCGUACUGAGAACAGACUCUGUUCUCUUUGACUAGGCUAUGUCAGUCUGGUAAGAAGGUAACUGCAAGAUUUGAUACCCAGUUCAAGACUUGGCAGGCAUAUUGGAAGCACAUUUUGAAAGUUUAAUCUAUUUUACAAAUUAAUAUGAUGCUAAUAGACUUUUAAAGUGAGUUGGUUUUGUGGAUUCACUUGCUAGACACACUUGGCUCAGUUUUGCAGUUUUUCCUAGAAGAGACUUGGACCAGCUAUUGCUAAGCCUCUGCUGCUGCUCUUUUCCUGCUGGAUCCUAGAUACGUGUGAGAGUGUCCUGAGCAGCCACACGGUUGCUGUCAGGUAGGCAGUAACAACUGUGUGCUCACCUAGAGUCUGAAAUUCUGACUGUAUUAAAUACAGAAACACAGCACAAGCUGGUCUUGUGUUUUGGUUUCUGUUCAGUAUUUUAGGGGAGGAGGAGGAGGGUAUGAGGGAAAAACAUGAUUCCAUUUAUGAACAGUGUCAGUCCCGUCUCUUGCUGCUUUGAUGCUGCUUCUUGCUGUUUAAUUUUUCUUCACUGUGCCUCAGCCAUCCACUGAAGUUCACUGAGGUGCCACAUUAGCAGUUUCUCAUGCUCAUUUUGGUUACAUUUAUCCUCUUACAGAAAAGCACAAGAGAAAGGGUGCUCAUUAAUGGGGGUACAGAAGAUGAAUGUGUUCCUCCUAACAGAAGUAAACAAGCUGUUUACAGUUUAAACUGCUGAAUGAGAUGUUUGAGCUAUUUUAAAGCUUACUUUUUAUUUGUUUUAGUACAAACUAAAUGAAGGUGAAAUACAUGCUAUAGAAAUGCACUGAUAUUUCUGCAUCAUGUACAGUAUUGAAUAAAAAAUAAUUCACUUUGUAUUUUGAAUAUUGUCAUGUCUUGAGUUUAAUAAAGUUAUAAAAUACUUAUUUAUGAUACAUUUUGGAUUUUGCUUUAUUGAAUAGUGUAUGCAAUUGUGCAUUUGAGUUCUGCAUUUACUGCAAAGUUCAAAGUCAAUAAUGUUAAAUAUACAACUAAUGUUGAAUUCACCUUGCAUUUAAUUAGAAUUAAGAUUGCUGCAGAAGUGUUCAAUAACUCACAUUGGACACUGUUAAUUUUAAUGCCUCGUUACUACCUGGUAGCAUGUUGUCUAUAGUUUUGUGCUGGCAAUAAAACAUUCUGUGAGAUUAAGUUAUCUGGC